AUGGAUAACAGCACGGAAGUUUUCGUAAAACUUCCGAAUCCAAAUGCCGGGCCAGCUCACUACACGACUGCCUCCGAAGUAGCCACCCGGCAAAUGCUCCGAGACGUCUUUCAUAUUCCUGUCCCCCGCGUGCUUGCGUGGUCUUGUGAUGCCGCAAAUAACUCGGUUAAGGCUGAAUACAUUCUCGAAGAAAAGGUUCCUGGUGUACGGUUGGGUGCGGUAUGGUACGGUCUGCCAUGGCGAACAAAGCUGUCUAUUGUGAAUGAUAUCGCCGAUUGUGACGCCUCAUUAAGUGCCGUGAGGUUCAAGACACAUGGCUGCGUCUACUUCAGAGAGGACCUUCAGCGAUUGACCGGGAUGUCGAUUGCCCUCCAGUUUAGCUUGGACCAACAACACACGACUCUUGAGAAGUAUGCAAUGGGGCCCCUGACAAAGGCAGAGCUUUGGAUUAGUGGUCGGGAGCAGUUGGAUAUUGAUCGAGGUCCAUGGCAAGAACCACGAGACUAUGCGAGAGCCUUGGGUGCCAAUGAGUUAUCAUGGAUGAGGAACAAUGCCCAGCCACGAAAGAACUACUACCGGUCCCCAAAAGAUAUCGAGCUCCCAGAAGAUGCGCUUGCAUUACUCGCCAAGUAUGAACAAGUCGCAUCAUUCUUGAUUCCAGCUUCGAACGAUAGUUCAGCUACCGCCAAUACUCUUUGGCAUCCCGAUCUCCAUUUAGACAACGUGUUUGUGGAUCCAGUCUCGCAUAAGAUCACCGGUAUCGUGGACUGGCAAUCAGCCGUUGUGGCACCGCUGUUUUAUCAGUCGGGUGUCCAUCGAGCAUUCCGACACUACAAGGCUGUCCGGGAGGGCUGGAUCAUGCCUGAGAAGCCCGAGAAUUUCGACACCCUGACUCCCGACGAGCAAAAGCAAAUUGACCAAGAUCUGGAAAGCGAGACGAUACACAAAUACUACGAACUCCAGACCAUGAAACGUGCACUACUCCACUGGGAUGUUCUCCAGCAACCAUCAGUGCCUAUGCUUAAAAAACCUGUUUGGCUUGUGACUGGUGUGUGGGAGAAUCGGGAUCUAUUCUUCCUGCGCGACUCACUCAUUACGCUUGUUGCCCAGUGGAAUGAGAUCUUUGGGGAAGACACCCCGUGUCCCAUCACAUUUUCUACAGAAGAACUUGAGCUGCAUGCAAAGGAGGAAGAGAACAUGGAUGGAGUUGGGCAAAUGCUGUCGCUGUUCCGAGACCAAGGUGUUUUACCGGCGGAUGGCAUGGUGCAGCCCGAGGAUUACCAGACUGCGAUUGAAAACUGUCACAAGUACAAAGAGGUGUUUCUCAAUGCAGCUCAGACUGAGGAAGAGAGGGAUGUGUACUCCAAACUUUGGCCAUACCAAGACAUCUGA